AUGGCUCCGGCAUACGUCCGCGCAUGCCUGCUAUUCCUAGGGUUAAUUUUAUGGGGUCGAACGGAGGCAUUCCGCCAUCGCAAUCAUCAGGCGGCAAGGAUUCCGAAUCACAAACCAACGGCGCUUGCGCGACAACAACAAGUUACGCCCGCAUUCGACACGAGUUCGAGGGAAGAAGCGGAACUAGCGCCGGAGCGCGCCGAAGAGGAAUGCGACCCCGACAUGAUUGGCUUUGAAAUAGUCACGGGAUACGUGUUCUCGGCGCCUACCCAACUGUUGGAAUCACUACCAGGUACUCUGAUGUUGACAGAUUGUUUGGACGCGUGUCAAGCAAAUGACACAUGUAAAGCUGUCAACUACGAAACGGGUCUGUGCGUCCUAUUCGCAUCGAAUGCUGACAGUCAACCAGGUGCUCUAUCGAAAUCCCAAUUCCCAGUUUUCACGAUUUAUGCCCAAAAAUCGUGUUUGAGUGUCCGUCCGUGUUCGCGGGCAUGGUGCUUCGACAGGGUGCGAGGACAUGGACUUGUAGAUCAUAGCAAACGUUCCCAACAUGCGUCCAGCAGACAGGAGUGCCUUGAAAUAUGCCUUGGCGAAACUGACUUUGUAUGCAGAUCUGCAAAUUACCAUGAGCCUACUGGUACGUGUGACCUUUCUGAUAUGGAUAGGAUCACAUUAGCUGGAACCAACGCUUUUCAAGAAAUGGCAGAUAUCGAUUACUUGGAAAACAAUUGUAUCGAGGAGCCAACAAAACUAUGUGAAUUCAAACGUCUAUCUGGGCGCAUUUUGAAGACUGUAGACUCUGUAUAUCAAGAUGUUUCCUCAGCUGAAGAGUGCCGUGAUUUGUGCUUAAAUUCGCCUUACAGAUGCCACUCAUACGACUACGGAGAUACUGGUGAGAUGGUCUGUCGUCUUAGCCAUCACUCCAGAGCGACAUUAUCAGACAUUCAGGAUCCCUAUCUGAGCGUACCAGAAGCAGCAACUUACGAAUUAUCUUCCUGUUACAACGUGACUAUCGAAUGCCGAUCCACAGACAUGGUGGCUAAAAUUCACACAUCGAAAUUAUUUGACGGCAAAGUUUACGCUAAAGGCAGUCCUAAUUCGUGCGUGGUCGAUGUUAAACAAUCUUUAGAAUUCGAGCUAACGAUGAAAUACCAAGAUUUAGAAUGCAACGUACGACAUAAUGGAAUGGGCAGAUACUUGAAUGAUGUAGUAAUCCAACAUCACGACACAAUCGUCACGUCAUCCGAUUUAGGAUUAGCGGUAACGUGUCAAUAUGACCUAACAAAUAAAACCGUCGCAAAUGAUGUCGAUUUAGGCGUUCACGGCGAUACAGAACCUGCGCUAUCUGAAGAAGUAAUUGUAGACUCACCAAACGUUAUCAUGAAAGUAACGGCCAGAGAUGGAAGCGACAUGAUGCAGAGCGCUGAAGUCGGAGAUUCUCUUGCCUUACAUUUUGAGAUUUUAGACGAAAAGAGCCCAUACGAAAUAUUCGUCCGAGAAUUGAUAGCAAUGGACGGAGCAGACUCCGGAGAAAUCACUUUGAUUGAUUCCGAUGGUUGCCCUACAGAUCAAUUCAUCAUGGGACCGAUUUAUAAAUCAUUGAUGUCGGAAAAGGUGUUGAUAUCGAAUUUCGACGCUUUUAAAUUUCCAUCUUCGGAAGUUGUGCAAUUCCGCGCCCUAGUUACGCCCUGUAUGCCGACUUGCGCGCCCGUACAAUGCGAUACUGAAGAAGCCAGUACGGGAGACUCGAGAUCUUUACUGUCUUAUGGACGUCGUAGGAGAAGCAUAAACGCUACUGAUUCCCGCAUGAACAACAACAAACAACAACACGACGACAUGCUGCUGAUGCAGACUAUUCACAUCACCGACAAGUUCAAUUUCGAGCGCCGGCAGCAACAAAACAAUCAACAUUCAACGUCGCGCGACAAUGGCACCCAGAAUAUCAGUAGUGUUACAGAUGACUUGUGCGUCAAUGGCAUGGGAUUAAUAUUUGCUGGUGCAAUAUUCCUCGCGUUGCAAAUGGCAAUUGUCUCCAUAUGGACGGUCGUAUGGCAAUGCAAACGUAAGCAGAAAUUAAUCGACUCCGCCGAUUGCGUGAUCGUGCCCCCACAAAGUCGAAUGUUCAGCCAGCACCGACCCCCAAACGGCAGCCUGAGUAGCGCGAGCUCAAUUGGAAGCAACGUGCGCAAACUCUACACCGGCAACAAUUUCAACCGGCAGCACUAUUGAACCAUGUCCCAGAUUUGUGCAAGAUCUCUCUACACGACGCGAACCCACAUUGACAAUCAAAAGACUUGACUCGAUUCGUACAAAACCGAAAGAGUAUUGUCCAAAAGCAAAUGUUCGAAAUAAAAUAUGUACUAGAUAGACUACGUUUAUAAGUUAGCAAUUAUAUAAAAUAACAAUUAAAUCCUUCGAUAAGUUUAGCAUAUAAACAUAUAGUACUGAUGAUUAUUUAUGAUAUUGAUGGAACAAAUA